GACCAAGCAGCAGGCAAAACCUAAGCAAAACCGUUAGUUUAUUAUUCUGACUCAUCUUCGGUCUCUGCACAAUAUCGAUUGAUUGAUUGUUUGUUCUACCCAUCUGCUGCUGCGACUGCGAGUCCUUCGCCGGAGCUUCGAAGUCCUUAGGUAUCCACAAGUGUUACACCUAGUCAGUCCUCUAUCUUUGCAUUAUUUCUAUGGCGGACGAGGAGCCUGUCGACCAGAAGAAAUAUCUUGAAGAGUCCUGCAAGCCAAAGUGCGUGAAGCCUUUGCUAGAAUAUCAGGCAUGUGUGAAGAGAAUCCAGGGUGACGAGAGUGGCCACAAGCACUGCACGGGGCAGUACUUUGAUUACUGGUCCUGCGUUGACAAAUGCGUUGCCCCAAAAUUAUUUGUGAAACUGAAGUGAUAUUGGGACAAUUCUCUGGCAGUAGAACAUUUCCCCUUGCUCGUCCAACAUGUGAUAUGGAAUAGGAUGAUCCUGAACCAUCGGUUUUGUAUCCGAAACUGGAAAUGUUUGUGCUUAGCGGUUUAUUGAGUUGUUGAGACCUUGAAUUGAAACAUCCUGGCAAUAAGGGAGUACCUGAUUUCUUAUCAAGAACCCUUCUCUACUUUCCAUCA